CAUACAGGUACUUGUGUUUUAAGUGACUUUAGUGUAUUUACUAGUCUAGUGAACCUGUGUUCAUUUAUUUGUGUAGUGUUGAUCAGUAUAGGAUUUAACUGUUCAAUACACAAUACAUGUGUUGUGUUUACAUCACUGUUCACUGACAUUUGACAGCAUAUUAGAAUAUUGAAUUUUUACACACAGAUGACUAACUGUACGUGGCAUACGUUUAUUUUACCUCGCCUGCAGCCGAAUCCUAUAUUAUCAAUACAAAACAAAUCUUGGAAGCGUGUGAAUGUAUAGUAGCAUAGAACUAUCGAUUGCCACAGCGGCAUAGGACAUUAUUGGAUUUAUAGACGGAUACAUAUGGUGCCAUGAAUUACAUUUUGUUGGUGAGUUGUCUAGCGGUGUUUGGCGAGCACGCCGCAGGUACUUACAAGGUGUGUAACAAGGAAACAGUCGAUCCGGCAUGGAAUAAGUGUGACGAAACCUAUUUCGUAUCAGAAGUAAAGGAUGAGGCUUCCAUGAAAAAGAUGUGCAAAAAUGUUGAAUGCUUGGUGAAAUGCAAAAAGGAUGCAGUGGGUGACUGUGACAAGCGCGAUGAAUUUCGUGAACAUCUUUUCAUGUACGACCCGGAGAGGUGGAAGGUCUAUUAUAGGUUUACCUGCUCAAAUCUUGAGUCGGUAAUGCAACAGUUUGACGGAGGAUGUGUAGAGAAGAAUGUCUGUGGUACUGGAAGCAUUGAAAAGAAUUUCAAUCCUGCGGAAAAAGACAAGCAAGUUUUGUGCAGCUCCUUUGAGGCUAUGCGUAAAUGUGUCAGUAUGGGUCCAGGGGGAACUUGCACUGCCGCGGGGGCCAAGUUUCAGGAAGAUAUCAGGAAACUAGGAUAUUCUGUUUCCAUUUGUGACAACACAGACAUCAAAGAUUCAUAUACUAAGUAUGGUGGACCUUACAAAUGUGGGAGUACCUCGGGGACAUCUACAAUUGUGCUUUCACUUCAAGCUAUUAGUUCCGUCAUUUUUUGUUGGAUAUUCCUCCAGUUCAGAAGGAUAUUGUAGAAUAUAUACAAUGAACUAAAUUUCGAUGCCAUAAACUUAAGGCAAUAUGGGACGUCGACAUUUUGAUUUAAGACAUUAUGGAGUUAUAAUACGAGAAAUACACGUAUAUUGAGUUGAAUAAUUAGCAUGGUUUCCAUAUAUAAGGGAAAAGAGAAGGAAAAUAUUUUAGAGAUUUUCUGAAAAAGUCGGCAACGUUUUGGAAGUAGGGACUUUCGAUCAAAACAUUGUGAGGAAACAUAAAUGUCUGUUAUAAAUUACCUCUAAACAACAUGAUAUGUAUAUAUAUAUAUCAUAUUUAAGUGUCAUGCCCUUUUUAUACGCCCGUUUGAAAAACGGGACGUAUUAUGGGAACGCCCCUGGCGGGCAGGAGUGCGACGUCCACAGACUUUGUCCGGAGCAUUUCUUCUACAUGCAUAGAGGGAUUUUGAUUCAACUUGGCACAGUUGUUCACCAUCAUGAGACGGAGUGUCAUGCGCAAGAACCAGGUCCCUAGGUCUAAGGUCAAGGUCACACUUAGAGGUCAAAGGAUACAAGAAUGAAAACUUUGUCCGGAGCAUUUCUUCUUCAUGCAUAGAGGGAUUUUGACAUAACUUGUCACAAAUGUUCACCACCAUAAGGCGGAGUGUCGUGCGUAAGAACCAGGUCCCUAGGUCUAAGGUCAAGGUCACACUUAGAGGUGAAAUGAUACAAGAAUGAAAACUUUGUCCUGAGCAUUCUUUCUUCAUGCAUAGAGGGAUUUUGAUAUAACUUGUCACAAAUGUUCACCAUCAUGAGACGAAGUGUCAUGCGCAAGGACCAGGUCCCUAGGUCUAAGGUCAAUGUCACACUUAGAGGCCAAAGGUCAGAUACAAGAAUGACUUUGUCAGAAGCAUUUCUUCUUCAUGCAUGGAGGGAUUUUGAUGUAACUUGGCACAAUUAUACACCAUCAUGAUAGGAAGUGUCAUGCAGUUCCUUUCUUUAGAAUUACUUCCCUUUGUUGUUACUAUAAAUAGCUUAUAUUGUAACUUCUUCAUUACUAGUCGUAGGGAAAAAUCAAGACCACUUUUCUGUAGUACAACAUGCAUGCUACAUCCAAUUUUGAGGUGUAUUUUGGACUUUUUUAAUUUAAGAUUAACUUCCCUUAGUUGUUACUAUAAAUAACUUAUAUUGUAACUUUUUUAUAAUUGACCAUAGGGAAAAACCAAGACAACUUUUCUGUGGUACAACAUAGAUGUGUCUUUCAAAUUUUAGGUGUAUUUUAAGGUCUCUCUACCUGGUAAGGAAUUUUUUUUGUGGACUUAGGAAAACACUUAAAAAGACUUACAAUGAUUGCUAAACAACCACAAAAUUAAAAUCCAUUUGCAAUACAGCAGCUAGAGUAAAGAAAUUUGCUGUGACAGGCGUAUAUUGUGACAUUCUGGCACUCUUGUUCUGUUUGUUUUCUUCCAAACAAUGGCUAAUUGUAAUAGCGGAAUGUAACGCUACCCCAUAAUAUUUCAAAUAACAAAUAUUGUGAUAAAAGGCGUGAGGUGUGUGUACUGCUGUAUACAAUAGCAGAUAAUUGGAUAAAGCGUGUGAGGUGUAUAUGCAACACUGUAUAUAAUUGCACAUGUUUGGAUUAAAGCGCACGAGGUAUAUGUACCGAAUUUUUCGCCUGUUUUUGCUAAAAUCAAAUUCGAACUCAUGCGUUUACCUUCAAUACAGUUAUUUAAAAAAUGACUGAAUACAGAGUAAUAUAUAUAAAUACAAAAUCACAUUUAGGCUUAAUCACUCUAUUACACAAUGAACUUAGCCAAAUAGCUUACCCGCCAUUGUAAUAUAUUUGCUUUUUGGGCCAAAAAUAAUUAUUUGCUGACCUCCCAAAAAACUAGGCUGACCUUUUUCUUGUGAUUUGGACUGUAUGUAAAAAUGAGAAUUUCUGUCAGCGCAACAUGAAGUUUGUAUUACAUCAUCACUGAGACAUACUAUUGGUCAAAAUGAUAACUGUUUGGUAAGCUCUUUUGCUAGUAAGUAAACAUAUAAAAAAAUAUAUCAAAUUAAAAAAAAUAUAUACAUACGUUUAUAUUUUUUGUAUAGCGGACAGGAGUUUCCGAUGUUUCACCCCGGAGUGUAAGAUGACUAGCAUGCUGUAAAUGACUUAUAACGAAUUACAUUGUACAUAAAACAGGAUCAAAAUGAAAUACCUUUAUAGUUCCUCUUUGUGGAUAAGGGGCCUCCGUGGCUGAGAGGUUAAGUUCGUUAACUUCAAAUCAAUUGCCCCUCAUCGAUGUGGUUUCGACCUCACUCGGGGCUUUGAACUCAUCAUUUGAGGAAGCCAUCCAGCUGGCUUACGGAAGGUCGAUGGAUCUACCCGUGAUGAAAUAAUACUAACUAAAGGCCAGUGUCUUAGCUCUAUUUUAGUGCCAUUUUUAUUGUGAUGUUAUCACAAAUAUCCAAGUUAUGACAGAUCAUCAUCUGUAUGGUUGUGUCAUUUCCAAAAAAUAAAGGUCGUCAUGAAAGCAUUCAUGAUUUAUUGUUCAAAAGAGUUUUUCAUGGGAUUUUUGUUCUUUUCACACAGCGUGUCAUACUAAACGUUUUCGUACCUGAAAAAUUGUUGAGAGGCCGGAUCCCCAGGCUUUACUGGCUUCCGAGCUACAAACGGGUAUGGGAAUAUUCGAUUCUGGUACAACUGUUUACUCGUCUCCACGGCAGGGUCGUGUAACCGCCUUAUCAGUUACCCUUGAGCCCUCGAGACAAAUGAAUGCAAUACUAAAACCAUAGAUGUAAUAAACAGUCACAUGCACAGCAGGGUAACGUUUUCUACUUUGUUUCUUAAACAUGAGAUAUUUAUAUGUGAGUCUAUAUAAGUCAUGCAGCAAAAUCUUUUGUUUUUAUAUCUGUACACAUUUAUAUGUUUGUCGGCACAUAAGUCACAAGGCGUAGACAUUUUGCACAUCACACUUUUUUGCAAUCAUUUGCACAUCGACCUUUAUCACAUUUUACACACCAUCCUAUAUCAUGUUUUUCCAUAUCACCCUGUAUGACAGUGCGCAUUAUCCUAUAUCACAUUUUUGCAUACCUGUCUAUCGCCUUAAUAUGUCAAAAUAAUAGACUUUCCUUUGUUUGGAUUUUACAACUGUUGAUGAUGAAUUAUUCUAUAGCUAUUGUAGUAGGUAGGGUUGUUACACACUAUAAUGUGACAGAGUUUAUACAGUAACUAUUGUUUUGAAUAACUGCUAAUAUUUUCUACCUAACUUUAUGUUGCAUACGUGUGUUCUAUGUAUGAAAUUAUGCUUAACCUGCAAAAUAAAUUAUUGCUUAUACUUCAUAAUAAUA